AGUGCCAUCUCAUAGUUUGGUUCCCUCCAAAUAAAAAAUCACAGCUGUUCUGCAUUCAAAGACAAUUAUGGCAGCACCGGCUGUCCAAAUGAGCCCAUUCUCUCACCCAAAAACCAACACCAACACCCCAGUCUCUCUCAUACCCAAGUGCACGUCUUUCAGAGAGCUCAAGCAAAUCCAAGCCUUUUCCAUCAAAACCCAUCUCCAAUAUGACAUUUCUGUCCUCACCAAGCUCAUCAACUUCUGCACUCUUAACCCAACUGGUACCUCCAUGGACUACGCCCACCACCUGUUCGACCAAAUUCCCCACCCUGACAUUGUUGUCUUCAACACCAUGGCCCGCGGCUACGCACGCUCCCAUACCCCAUUUCGAGCGAUUUCACUAUUUGCUCACAUUCUGAGCUCAGAUCUCUUCCCAGAUGACUACACAUUCCCCUCUCUUCUCAAGGCGUGCGCCAGCUCUAAAGCCUUAGAAGAAGGGAGGCAAUUGCAUUGCUUUGCUAUCAAAUGUGGGCUUCACCUUAACAUUUAUGUGUGCCCUACACUUAUUAACAUGUACACUGAGUGCAAUGACGUGGAUGCGGCUCGCCGGGUCUUUGAUAAGAUACCAGACCCUUGUGUUGUUGUACACAAUGCUAUGAUCAAGGGCUAUUCUCGAAGUAGUCGGCCAAAUGAGGCAUUGGCAUUGUUUCGAGAGUUGCAAGCAAGCAAUCUUAAGCCAACCGAUGUUACUAUGCUUAGUGCUCUUUCUUCAUGUGCUUUGUUAGGAGCAUUAGACUUGGGGAAGUGGAUGCACGAAUACGUUAAGAAAAAUAGGUUUGAUAGAUAUGUUAAAGUGAACACUGCACUGAUAGAUAUGUAUGCAAAAUGUGGAAGCCUGGAGGAAGCAGUUUCUGUAUUUGAAGACAUGAGUGUGAAAGAUACUCAGGCUUGGUCUGCUAUGAUUGUGGCGUAUGCAACUCAUGGUAAUGGGUCAAAAGCCUUAUCAAUGUUUGAGGAAAUGAAGAGGGCUCGAAUUCGGCCUGAUGAGAUCACAUUCUUGGGUCUCUUAUAUGCCUGUAGUCAUGCAGGAUUCGUUGAGGAGGGUUGCAAGUAUUUCUACAGCAUGAGUGAGACGUACAGGAUUGUUCCGGGGAUUAAGCAUUACGGUUGUAUGGUAGAUUUGCUAGGACGGUCUGGACGCUUAGGGGAGGCUUACAAGUUCAUAGAUGAAUUACCAAUUAAGCCUACACCCAUAUUCUGGCGAACAUUGUUGUCUGCUUGCGGAAGCCACGGUGAUGUAGACAUGGGGAUGCGGGUGCUUGAACGAAUAUUUGAGUUAGAUGACUCUCAUGGUGGGGAUUAUGUGAUCAUAUCGAAUUUGUGUGCAAGGGCGGGGAGGUGGGAGGAUGUGGAUCGCUUAAGGAAGUUGAUGAGAGACAGAGGAAUUGUAAAAAUUCCUGGCUGUAGCUCCAUAGAGGUGAACAAUGUAGUGCAUGAAUUCUUCUCAGGGGACGGGGAGCGUUCUGUUUCAACAGUACUGCAUCAAGCAGUUGAUGAGUUGGUUGAAGAAUUAAAGCUGGCUGGAUACGUUCCUGAUACUUCUCUAGUCUUUCAUUCUAACAUGGAAGAUAAAGAUAGAGAAGUUUCUCUUAGGUAUCAUAGUGAGAAGUUGGCCAUUGCCUAUGGGCUCUUAAACACUCCCCCCAGGGCAACAAUCCGUGUUGUGAAGAACCUUAGGGUAUGUGGGGAUUGCCACUCUGCUGCUAAGUAUAUAUCAUUGAUCUUUAAUCGACAGAUAAUUCUCAGAGAUGUUCAACGAUUCCAUCAUUUCAAAGAGGGAAAUUGCUCUUGUGGGGAUUAUUGGUAGUUGAACUUAUUGAACCGGAUAUCAUCUUUGUCAUAGACGCAUAACAGAGGAAAUUUAUUGUCUUGACAAUAUUCUUCAUUGCGUUAGUGGAAGGUGAUCCACUUGAUACUUGUGGACAAAUUCAAUGUUAUAUAAGAGUGAGGGGAACACGAACGCAGGUUGGUUUCUGUUGUCAGUCUUGGUCAAAUCUGCCUUCUGUGAUCACCGACAUAUCAUUGUGAUUGAGUGAGUAUGAAAAGUUAACAAAAA